GGAAGACAUGGCCCUGCUGGAAGUACGCAAAGAAUAUCUAGUUGUAAGCAGUGGAAGUAAAUUUAUUGCCGUUAAAACUGAAGAGAUCAGGAGAUUGCAUUAAACUGAACUGGAGUCUUAGUGAACGUAAGAUACAGGGAGCCGUUUGUGUAUGACUGCACUAAAGCAGAAAACAAACCAGAGGAGAGUGGAAAUAAAGGAGAUGAGGUUGGAGCUGAAGAAAAAGGAAGUGACAGAAUUUUGGCCAUGGCUUUCUCUGCCUCAGGAGAGUACUUUGCUCUCACAGAUGACAGCAAACGUCUCGUCCUGUUCCGCACCAAGCCAGUCUGGGAGUGUCUUAGCACCAGGUGGGUAGUUCGGAGGUGUACUUCUCUGACAAUGACCAAAGCAGAAGACCAGAUCCUUGUGGCAGAUAAAUCCGGAGAUGUGUAUUCAUUCUCAUUGUUGGAGCCCCAGAAGCCAGCUGAGCUUAAACUGGGCCAUCUCUCUAUGUUGCUGGCAGUGGCAAUUAGUCCUGAUGACAGGUACAUCAUAACAGCAGACCGAGAUGAGAAGAUCAGAGUCAGUUUUCUGAAGUCACCCUACAACAUCCAGUCUUUUUGCCUGGGACACAAAGAGUUUGUCAGCUCUCUGUUUGUGCUGCCUUACCAACCUUACUGGCUUCUGUCGGGCUCUGGGGAUGGGACUCUGAGACUUUGGGAGUUUGAGUUUGGCAAGGAGCUGCAGAGCUAUGACCUCAGAGAGCUGAAUGGUACAAAAUCUCCACAGAAAGACAAGAAGUUUGCAGUCUCCAGAAUUGCCAGUUCGCCCCAAGGAGAUUACAUUGCUGUUUUGUGUGACAGUUUUCCAACAGUGCACAUCUUCCGAGUGGAUUUCAAUGCCCAGAGACUGAUGCACCAGGAGCAGCUUGAUCUGGCACACAGCUCCUGGGAUGUGGCUUUUGAUCAGUUAGGCCGACUAUGGGUCCUUCAGCAGAGCAAGGAUUGUCCAGUUGCCCUCUACAGACUGACAGGGGACUGUUGGAAGUGUGACACUGAAGAUCCAGAGGUGAAGAAGGUAACAAAGAUUCUUCAUUCACAAUGGGACAUGUUUCAAGAGUCAGUUGGAGAUGACAUCCGCUACCACAAUCUCUACAAAGCCAACUUUGACAACAUGGCAGCCUAUCUCCAGAAGAAGCAAGAGAGGCUGCAGCAGCAGGGCAAGAAGAGACCCGGCGCACAUCCAGAGUCCAAUGGAUCGAACAAAAAGCCCAGGGCAGAGCAGACCACAUCUUAAACCUGCACCUCCCAGUGGACUGCACAGACUGAUAGAAGAGUCAGGCGCUGCCUGAUAGAGCUGCCUGGGGGUCAGGACUGCAGCCUUGGACUGCAGCCUUGAAAAUCAAUGUUGGGUUUUAAAAGUAAAGGAGAUGGGUAAUGGAAUUUAGCAACUUAUAAUUGCAAUCUACGUUUACAGCAGUCCUAAACAAUGAUAAUUGGUAUAUUCAGCCAUAUUAAGCAACACAUUUUAAGUUUCAUCACAUGGCUUAAACAGAAGACAAUAUUCCUAAUUUUUAAAUUGGAACUAGAGUGAACUGUCACAUAAUCUUUAUCUUUAAUUUAGUUAUGUUUCAUCAGUCACUUACUUAGGUAAAAACAUGCCUGUGAAUGUCCCUAAUUUCCCCAAGCAAAAGCUAAUCCCAAAAUCUCAUGACAAUUUCUAUAUUGGUGUAUAAACUCUUCUACAAGAUGAUGUGGACCUGGGGCAUAAUGAAAAAGUCCUGACUUGUUUCAGAGUGAAUGGGAAAUAUUUGUACAUCUGUCAUAUUCUCAUGAAAACUCAUUCUGUGAAAGCUAAUUUUUAUUUUUUAUUUUAUAAAAUGUUUUCGUUAAAAUUCUUUAUUUCAUUUCUUUUUCAGGUCAGAUACAGAUUAAAUGCUUUGAUUUUAAUAGUUUGUCCAGGGGAUACAAACCUUCAAAGGUUUUGUUUUUAUUUGGAGAGUAACAUCAGUAAUGUUGCCAAAUUCUGCAAUUAAAUGUAGCAGAGAAUUAAUUUAAUUAUUUUUAAUUUCCAGUUCAUCUAGUUUGAAAAGCUUGAAAAUAGAUUUAAAUGAGCAGCUGCUACAUCCAAGAUCAGGCUUAUCAGUAUGGUAUAGCCAAAAUUUGACAUGUGAAGCAAGCCAAAGCAGAAUAACAAAAAAUAAUCUUUAUAUUAUGUAGUGCCUAGAGUAUAAAAGCUAGAGUAUAAAAAUGUGUUUUUAGGCUAUUUGAAAGUGCUGACCAACUUAUCAAGUCAACUGAUUUGGUCUAGGAGAUGACUACUCAGUUUUGGAGCCUUGUAUUGGAAUUUAAAAGAGGAAUUACUCCAAACAGUGCAAUAAAUGUACUAGUGUACAUGGGGUUACUGAUGUCAGAUACCAAACCAUACGUAAAUGUGUACAUGUACAUGUGUAAAAACCAUACAUGUUCAUAAAUGUGAACAGGAGUUUUGUGAAUCUUAUUCUGAAAUCCAUAGAGAGUCAAUGAAACGAAGCUAAAACAGGUGAGAUCAUGCAUUUUAGUUUUAAAAGCCAAAUUGGAUAGUCUCUUAGAUGGUAAUGUUUUUAAAAAGUCCGAACUCUUUAUUUUUACAGUGAUAAAAAGUGGGCCUUGAGUAGGAUUAAUUGAAGUUGGUAUAAAAUGAAAUUAACAUUACAAAACAAUCUUGCAGGCAAAUUUAAAAAGAUGAAGCACCCUAUUUGUCUGGGAAUGUGGAGUGUGAUCAUGUGGAUUCUCUAUAGCAGUGAGUAGAUCCAGAGCUGUGUUAGGCUGAUCCUAGAGAGAAACCAGUGGUUCUGGGAGUAACUACAUGAGUGUGACAAUAACUUUCCAAGGAGCAUGACGCUCAGGUACUACCCUGACAUUUCAGGUUAACAUGCAAAUUUAGAAAACUCAAGUGGAAACAGGUAAAGGUGCACAGCUUCUCUGCAUCAAACCUCAGCCAUGGAAGGAACCUAGUUAUAAAAGCUCCAAGCCUGUGAAGACCUUUUCUGGGAGAAAGCACCGCUGUGAGGCAGGGUUGUAGUGGGCUAACAGAGCUGAGACCAACAGGGACAGAAAUUAUUAGCAUUAGCAUUGUAUCCAUAAUACAGAAUAAUCCUAACAGCAAGCUGGUUCACUUAUAAUGGAAUCGUCGGCUACUGCUGGUCAUUUUAUUAAUGAUCCUCAUAGAAGUAGCUUUACAUCAGAUAUGACUGGUGGAUUUUUUAUGUUUGCCUGUAAAUCCUUGAUGCUAUCUGAAUUAACACGUUAGCCAGGUCUGCUGUUGCUAAAGUAAAGUGUACGAGAAAGCCACCAGCAAGCAGGACAUCUGAGCGUCAUUUAUAUAAGAAUUCUUUCCUAUACCACAGUGCGAAUAAAGCCUGGUUUAUAACACAACAGUGCUCAUGAAUCAGGGGACCCACCACAUGCUGGUCUAUUCCCACUGCUUUGAACAGGAUGGGUCACUCAUAUGCAGUGUAAUACACUCUUAUAUUUUGGAAUGGGUGAUGUAUCUCUAACUCGUGUGCAAAUAAUUUCAUCAUGAAACCACAGGGGAGUUCAGGUUCAUUAAAAUGAAAUAUAAAGCUUCUUCUGAGAUGUUGGGGUUUGCAAAAUGGCUUGCAACGUAUGGUCUAGAUCAUUUGACUCUUCACAGGCGAUUAAAGUACUGCUAAUAUUUCAUUAAUAGCACUUGAAUUAACAUUUCAAAAGCAAGCACAUUAUGAAAUUAAAAGGACCUGUGUGAAGAAGAGGUCAGAGUAGGGUGCUGUCUCAGUGUGUGAGAUAUAACGAAAAGAAAACUGAAGAACACUUAAAUUCUGGAGCCUUCUGUACACCUACUCAACUGUGGCCCACUAUAAUGCCAAAACAUUUUUUUUUUACUUUUUAACAUGAAAUUAACCUUUAAGUUUAAUUUGAUGAAGAUGCCUUUUCUGACAAAAAUUGUUUUUGGUAAAUCACCACUUUGACACAUAUUUAAAAUAACAAUGAUUUAAAGCUUGUUGGCGUGUCCAGUAUUAAUUUAAUAAUAAUAUUGGCCCAUGUUAACCCUUUAUUUGUAGAUUCAGACACUGGCCAACCACUGUUUUUAAAAAUCACUGACAACAGAUAUGUACACUCCACACAUGCAUGUUUCAUGUGUUUCUAAAAGAAAAUUCAUAAAUAUGAAUAAAAAUUAAAUAUGACCAGGUAUUCAUUGGAUGAUUAGGUAAAUAACCAUUUGUAUACUCUAUUGAGUCACAAUUGCCCUGUCUGGAGGCUAAGGGUCUAAACAAUAAUUGAGUGAUGGAAGGAAAGAUGGAGAUUCCUUAUACCCGUGACCUUCUGUGACCAAAGGUUCAGGUCCUGGUAUCAUUCCAGUAACAACUGCCUUCCGAACACACUUAAACAGUUGUGUAAAUUCUUAUUUACUGUAUCUCUUACAAAAAAUGCCUAGCUAUCUACAUUUGGGGAAACCAGAAGGACACUAGGAGUUAGGGCUGUUAGGUCUGUGAAGAUUAAAGAUUUCUCCAAGCCCAUAGUUUCUCACCUUUCUUCACCCCUCUCCACUUUGCACCACCUGAGUGGCCUCUUUACCUCCCGUCUCCUUCCCUCUUCCAGCUUUUGUUCUUUUGUGCUACUUAAUCUUUGCUUAUUGCCCUGUCUUUCUCACACCUGCAGAAGGCUCCACAGCCGAAACGUUUUGUUUUUUCUCUUCUCUUUUCAGCAUGGAAUAAACCUAUGAGUUUUUCCAUUUGUGUAGAUAUUGUUUGGCAUCCCGUCCAAGGUGUAUCCUGCCUUCCUGCCAGUGUUUCCUGUUGGAUAAGCAAUUAAUGAAAGUGAUGUGAUGAUGAUAAACAUAUUGAACUAUAUAGUAACAUAAAGUAACUGAUUCUUACUAAUCCUUUCAGGUUCCUAAGGAAGUCAGUGAUGCUCCCACAAUACAUUUUAUUUCAUUAGACCUUUGCUUUAUCUACAACAUCAGAGAUGGAGUCUACUUCAAUUACAGUUCUUACAUGCACCACUUACAUGAGGAUUAGGUAUCAAAAUAUGUUGAAAUCAUACAUCCCUGUAUUCUAAAUGCAUUACAUUAGGCAAGCUUUUAUGCUUUGACUUGUACCAAGUUAUAUGUAACAAGUUAAAAUACAUAGUAACUUCAGUAAACAAAUUUGUACCUAACUGAACUUUGGAUCAUUUCCAAACCAGAACAAGACAAUCAAAAAGCAGGGAAUUUAUUUGAAAACUUUUUAAUUAUAGACAGAAGGACUAGGAAUGCGCUAGUAGCAGUGUUGAGAUAUACAAAGCUAACCUAUGCUGUAAUGCAAUGUAAAGGUUUGUAAGCAUUUUAAAGUCUUGAAAUAAAAUAUAGUAUAAACAAUCCUGA